AAACGAGCAAAAACAUCGAGCAAGAGUUUCAUCUUUAAGAGCUGGAUUUGCACCUGCGAGGACGCCCGUUGUUCAGCAGGGCUGAAGAUAUUUCACAAGAUCCUCAGUUGGAUGGUGGAGUGAAGACUGGUCGUUUUUGCAAUCUUCUACAUCUUCCUAAUGGACCAGAACAGCUCUGAAGUGGGCUUAGAAGUCAUCUUGGCUAUGAACCAACUCCUAGACCUCCCGCCCUCCCAAAUGCCCCCUAAACCCCUGGAGGCCUCCGUCAUGACACCGUGGGACAUCACCUUGUGUGUAUCCGGAGUGUUGAUUUGCUGCGAGAAUGCAAUUGUAGUGGCCACCAUUUUUUCCUCAUCAUCUCUGCGUGCGCCGAUGUUCUUGUUGAUUGGCAGCCUGGCAUGGGCGGACUUCCUGGCUGGGGUGGGGUUACUUUUGCACUUCCUGUCUCGCAGAUGUGUGUAUUCAGAAGCGCUAGAACUGGGCAGUGUGGGUUUAUUAGUGAGCGCUCUAAGUGCAUCGGUGUUCUCCUUAUUGGGGAUCACUCUGGACAGGUUUUUGUCUCUACAUCACGCGCUGACCUACGGAUCCCAGCGCACACACACUCAAACGCGCUGCGCCCUGGCCGUCGGAUGGACUCUUGCUGGUCUACAAGGUGCACUUCCGGCUUUAGGGUGGAACUGUCUGCAUGAUGGAGAUUCCUGUAGUGUGCUUCGACCUUUGACCCGAGUGCACUUAGCCACCCUGUGCGGUGGAUUCCUGCUAACGUUAGCAUUGCUGCUGCAGCUGAAUGCACGCAUCUGCCGGGUCGUGCUCCGCCAUUCUCAUCAAAUCGCCCUGCAAAGGCACACACUCCCGUCCGCACGCACACACACCCGCCGCCGGGUACACACUCUUGCACUCAUCCUCGCCACAUUUGCCAGUUGCUGGAUACCAUUCGCUUUAUACGGCCUCCUGGGCGAUGGGUCGUCCCCUGCUCUGUACACUUAUGCCACAUUGGUUCCAGUGACGGGAAACUCUCUGUUGAACCCGCUGAUCUAUGCCUACAGGAACACACACAUCCAGAGAGUGCUGCGACAGACUGUGUGCUGCUGUCUGCCAAACACACCCAACAAAAACACACACACCCCCAGCGACGUCUGA